GCAUGUUGAUUCCAAGCCACCAAGGCCCCUUUAAGCCUUGUAUAAAGAAGUCAAGUAAGAUGCUUGCAAACUCAUGUAAAGCAAAAGCAAAAGCAAAAGGAAAAACAUGUCCAUGGCCAAGCUUAGAGCUUCUGGCAUGAAGAUUGUGGCAGAAAAGCUACAAGUUUGCGGCGAUCGAUCAGGUUCAUCAGUCAAAGGUGUGAAGGGAGGACACUUUGCGGUGUUUGCAGUAGAAAAUGACAAGACAAAGAGGUUCAUUGUCCCUUUGAGUUAUCUAAACCAUCCUGGCUUCUUGGUGCUGUUGGAGCAAGCUGCGGAAGAAUUUGGCUUUGUCCAGAAAGGAGCUCUUCGCGUUCCUUGCCAAUGGAGUGAGAUGGAGAGGUUAUUAGCUGGAAAUGCUAGGAGGAUAUGAAUCCCUCUGCUACAAUGCAUGCAUGCGUGCUUUGCUCAAUUUCAUAUUCAAUUUCCUCCCAUUUCUGCAAAAAUUUGCUCCCAAUUAUGUCUUGUUUUUCCCUUUGUUGCCUUUCUUUUCUGAUAUAUUUGCUGGAUUACAAUAAAUUACUAAUGGCCCUUUGAUACAUCUAUCAAUUUAGGAAUUAGUUGAAAUU